AUGGCUACGAACGUAACAAUUUCCUCUCGUCGGCGCUGUGAUCAAGGCGGCCCCGUCGCCAUGCGAAGCAAGGAACAAGAACUGCAGAGAUCAAAAGCAGACCAGAACGCAAAGAUUGCACAUCGCUGGGGUAUCCAUUACCUCGAGGAAAAUAAGCCAAACAAGAAAGUCCGAUUCGCGCCGGAGGUGUGCCAAGGCAACGAACUGACCGAGGCUGUUCGUAACCUGCGCCUGGACGGACGUUCCUUGGUCGACACAGCGCUCAAGGCCGACAACCGCGACAGUCCGCAGGCAUGGUUGGAUGCACUGAUUUCAAACGCGCCGUGCGUCAUGUCUUGGCUGUCAAAAGAAGUCUAG